AUGAAUUCGUUCUUUGUUGCAUUGCUCUUGCUUUCCCUUCCCCAAAUCCAUGGAUACAGGUACCUGUUUCAAGUCAUCAACAUUGCCUACUCGCACAUGUCAUUUGGGGGGCGAUUGGCCGAUUUAUUAGUGGAGAAUGGGCAUAAGGUGGUAAGUGCAUUAAGCCUUUAGGGUGCAAAUUUGAUUAGCUUGUAUAAAUUGAUAACUAUGGGAACUUAACGCAAUAGUUUUUGAAUUCAAUGAAACGUGGCGUAAACUUAGUACAGCCCGCUUCGAAACGUAUUAUAUAUGUGAGGUGCCAGCUCACACUUUUUUAGUCUUUUUUCGUGAAUUAUCAAAAACCCUACAGGUUUUUCGCGAUUUGCCGCCUGAAGGAAGAAUGAUGUGCGUAUGUGAAAAGUAGAAAAUUCCUUUUUAACAAUAAAUCACUUCACGAAAAAGGCAAGCAUAAACUACAACCUAUCAAAAAGAAAGAUCACUUGAUAUUUCUUCAGCGGGUGCAAAGUGCGAGCAAUGAUUUUGACGGAUUGAAAUGCACCCGGUAUGUAUAGAGUAAGCUCUAAAAUUGAAGCAAAUUUAGCUGUUACACAUGUCGUUUUAUUUCAUUAAAUUCAAAAAUGGUUUGAUGAAUUUGAUUCUUGAACUUCUAGUGAUGUUAGAAAUUGCCAGCUUGACUGCAAAGUAGUUCAAGUCCUUUAGCGAUAACUGUAAUCGCAUCAAAUUCGCUCUGUUCAUCGCUUUCCUUCCAGGACUUCGUAAUCCGCCGUUACAACACAUUUGUCUCCGGAGCCGCCGCUAAGAAGGCCAAUGUCAGCGUCCAUACUCUAGCUAACGUCGAGGAGCUCAACCAACUAACGAUGCGGGUUCCAAUGUAUCACGAUGUCUUUACUGAAAGUGGUGACGCCUUAACUUGGGAAGGAAUGAACGUUUUGAACGAAUUGCUGACAAAGGGGUGUGAUGCAACAUUAGAAGACAAGGGCUACAUGAAUUUAUUGAGGUCCAAAAAAUACGACGCCGCCUUCGUCGAGCAUGUCGAUUCAUGCGGAUUGUUCGUGGCUAAUGUCCUAGGAAUUGACAAGAUUAUGUACUUCUCGGUGCAUGGUCUCGCUUUUCCGAGCAGAAAUGAUUUCAGUAUCCCCUCGCCUCCAGGACUUGUGCCUGGUAAGCUUAAAUUUAGAGCACUGUAGUUUACACAGCAAGACGAGCUUUAUAUUUUGUUUGCAGUCUACAACGAGGUACCUCCCUCAGGCCAUUUGAUGUCAUUCUUCGACCGGGUGGUCAACUUGUACAACUAUUUGAGAUAUCACAUUUUGAUCCCAAUGAAACUGCGGGGAUUUAGCGGCCUUAAACCAAGAUCUCUUCCUCCGAACUCCACCUCGAACGCCGACCUUGCUGCCGGCGUUAUCUACAGCUUUGUGAAUUCCCUUGAAUUCCUCAAUUUCCCCGACUUUUCGACCGCUCAAAUCAAGCAGGUUGGAGGAAUCGGGAUGCCCAAAGCAGGGAAAAUUGACGCCUUCUUGCAGCCGAUCUUUGAGAAGGCCAAGAAAGGAGUUGUUUGGCUCUCGUUCGGCUCCAUUGUGAAUACGAAACAGAUGAGUCCAGCGAUUCGUGGCGCCUUUAUCUCUGCUUUUUCGCGAUUCAAGGAUUACCAAUUUCUAUGGCAGAUGGAAAAUGCGGAUGAUCCGGAGAUUAAGGCAAGUUUGGCUUGAAUAAACUUUAAGUUAUCUUAUUGCAGUCUAUUUUCGAAGCUAUUCCUAAUAUACAUGUGGCAAAAUGGGUCAAUCAACCCGCCCUAUUAGCCCAUCCCAAGACAAAAGCGAUGAUUUCUCAUGGUGGAAUCACCGGCUUAUUCGAAGCCAUUAACUUCGGAGUCCCAUUGAUCUCAGUCCCAAUGUUUAUGGAUCAGAAGCGGACGGCAGCGCUUACAAAAUACCACGGAAUCGGAGUUAUAUUGGAUAAAUAUACACUGACGGCGGACAGCAUCUCUGAAGCGCUGGAAGCAGUGUUGGAGAAUCCAAGGUAGGAUAACGACACAUCGCGUAUAAAUGUAAUCGGCAUUUUCAGCUACAAAGAGAACAUCCUCAAAAAGCAAGCUAUGAUGAAAGACGCUCCUCAGCGACCCGAGCAAGUAUUUUUGGAUGCUGUGAUCUACGCUACCAAAUAUGGUGACGAGCUGAAGAAGGUGAAUAUCCCGCCAAUGAGCUGGGUUCAGUACUUCUGUGUGGAUGCCGCCCUUUUUGUCUUCGCCGUGUUUGUGACAGCGCUAUGGGUAACAAUCUUUGCCGCGAGGAAACUGGGUACGGUUGUGGCCUGCCAACUGGUCGCAAACAAGAAGACGAAAUCAGAAAAAAUCGCAUAA